CAUAGCAUAUUUGCCGCUUCUCCUUAGUCACAUCUUUUCUUUUUUGUACCCUCUUACCUCCUCCGUCUUAAGGCUCUCCUAUUGCCAUUCACCAUGUUGCCACCGACCGACCGCAACGGCUUUUAUCUAGCCAUCAUCUGUGCGUUGCGCAUCGAAUCGGACGCUGUAAGGCUCCUUUUCGACGAGAUUUACGAGAAAAAGUACGGACGGGAAACCGGCGACUCCAACACAUACAGGACGGGCCGCAUCGGAAACCAUGCCGUCGUACUUCUCCUACUCCCAGGCAUGGGGAUGGAGGCAUCGGCAGCAGGCGCAAGGAGCUUGCAGUCGAGCUAUGCCAACAUCAAACUUGCCCUAAUCGUCGGCGUUUGCGGAGGCCUGCCCCAGAUCCGCGGUCGGAACGCCUUUUUGGGUGACGUAAUUGUCAGCAAAAGCAUCGUCAACCAUGAUUUCGGCAGGCAAUACCCCGACAAGUUCGUCGUCAGGUCCACCGAGGACACAUUGGGGCAAACCAAUAACGAUAUCCGCGGACUGCUCGAGCUUUUGGAAGGCAAGGACGAGCUGGACCGCCUGCAGAAAAAGGCAAGGGCGAAUCUGGUAACUCUGCAAGCUGCCGCCACUGCCGCCGACAAGGAGUGGGGGACCAGCUAUAGCCCUCCGACCGACGCUACCGAUAGGAUGUUCCCUGCGAAGUACAACCACAUCCAUCGGGACGAAGAUUGUGCGGAUUGUGACGAGGAUCCCCCGCGCUUUUGUGAGCAGGCCUCCAAACUCUCUUGCGACGACGUUGGGUGCAAGACGCGCCUCUGUGCCCCGAGAGAGAACCGGCAGCAGGAGCGCCCGGUGGAGCGCGUCCCACAAAUCUUCAUGGGCAGGGUGGCCUGCGGCAACGCGGUUAUGAAGUCGGGCAAACACCGCGACGCGGUUGCCAAGGAGCACGACGUGAUCGCCUUCGAAAUGGAAGGAGCCGGGGCGUGGAAGGAGGUCCCCUGUAUCGUUGUCAAGGGCAUUUGCGACUACGCCGAUAGCCAUAAAAACAAGGAAUGGCAGGACUUCGCGGCGGCAACGGCGGCUUCGGUGGCUGCGGCGAUACUUGACCGAUACGAGGUGUCAGGCGGCGUCAAACAAGGGAGGUUUGAACCGGGGGGCCGCAACAGCACCACGACCAACAGCCACAACGCCACGACCAACAGCCACAACGCCACGACCAAUAGCCACAAUACCAAUAGCCACAAUGUUAAAAACAGGGAUGGGAUAGUGGCCAUGGUACACGAUCCGUUGCAAGAUUGCUUGGCAUCGCUGGCCUUUCUGCAAAUGGAAAAUCGCUCUCAUGACAUUGACGGCGCCGUCACGGGAACGUGCGAGUGGCUGCUUGGGCACGAAAAGUAUCGGAGCUGGGCCGCUUGCGAUCGAAGCCUGCUCUGGAUCAAGGGAAAGCCGGGCUCCGGGAAAUCGACAUUGCUAAAACACGUCCUCGACAAGGCAGUCGUAUCCAGUGCCGGAGAGAGCACCCUCGUUCUCUCGUUCUUCUUCCACGAUCGCGGUGAUGAACUCGAAAGGACCCCGUUUGGCCUCUACAGGUCACUUCUUCAUCAGGUUCUCAGCCAGGUACCCGACGCAGCGCCCGGUCUUGUCGACACCUUCGACAAAAACCGCAAGGAAAUGGGUCAAUCUGGUGAAAAGUGGCAGUGGCAUCAGAAACAACUGCAGCGCUUCUUCGAGCUAUUUCUUCCGAACGUCCUCAAGACUCGCCCAGUCUGGUUGUUUGUCGACGCGCUAGACGAGUGUGGCGAACAGAACGCGGUCGACCUGGCCGAGUGGUUCGAGUCCUUGCUCCGGAACCGCCCGUCCCUCGGCUUACAGUUUCGCGUCUGCUUCACUUGUCGUCAUUACCCGAUUUUGGCCCUGGACGGUGCGUUCGAAGUAUGCCUCGAGGACGAAAACCGAAAUGAUAUUUCGGCCUACGUGCGAGAUCGGCUCUCCACAUUCAACAAACAAACGUUAUCUACGAUUCACGCUUUGAUCACAAACCACGCACAGGGCGUCUUCAUGUGGGCGCGGCUCGUGGUGAGGCAAGUUCUGGACCUUGACCGCGAGGGUAAAGGACCGGGGGCGAUCGAAGCGGCAAUCCGGUCUACCCCUCCAGCUCUCGAUGAGCUAUACCGCAAACUUAUCGAAGGCAUGGCACCCGACUCCCUGAACCUGAUCCAAUGGAUUGGUCUCUCCGCGAGGCCUUUGACAACGGACGAGCUGCCAUGGGCCAUGGCGGUUGAUCCUGACGGCACUCACAAGUCACUCGACGAAUGCUGGCGGUCGGAUGACUUCAUCACCAACGACAGAAUGGACAGAAGAAUCAAGUCUCUGAGCCGCGGUCUCGCAGAAAUCGUGCCGUCAUCCGAUGCGCAGGUUGUCCAGUUCAUCCACCAGUCCGUUAAGGACUUCGUCGAAAAGGGCCUUUCCGCGGACGGCAACUCGACUUCAGCCGAUGCGACAAUCGGAAUGGCACACCACCGGCUGUUCAAGACCUGCAUACGCUACUUGGCUAUGAAGGAGAUCGGUCAGUCAACAAACUACGAGCGUCGCGAUUUUCCUUUCCUGCAUUACGCCACGACCUCGUGGGUGGCGCACGCGAGACAAAGCGACGUUAGGGGUGUCCGUCAAGAGGAUAUCUUGGAAUGUUUUGCUUGGCCAUCAACCGCUCUCGUGGAACUAUGGGGACCAGGUGGUAGGGCUGUUAAAAGUCAUCUUGCAAAGGGCAGACCAAAUUGGCACCGAUAUCGACGUCGAUUCGAAGGAUGGGGACGGGCGGACGCCGCUGUCGUAUGCCGCGGGGUGGGGCGCGAGGCCGUCGUUAAGCUGCUGCUCGCCACGGGCAAAGUCGAUGUCGACUCGAAGGAUAAGGACGGGCGGACGCCGCUGUGGUGUGCCGCGUAUAACGGGCACGAGGCCGUCGUUAAACUGCUGCUCGCCACGGGCAAAGUUGACGUCGACUCGAAGGAUAAAGACGGGCGGACGCCGCUGUGGUUGGCCGCGCGAAAGGGGCACGAGGCCGUCGUUAAGCUGCUGCUCGCCACGGGCAAAGUCGAUGUCGACUCGAAGGAUAAGGACGGGCAGACGCCGCUGUGGUGGGCCGCGCAUAAGGGGCACGAGGCCGUCGUUAAGCUGCUGCUCGCCACGGGCGGAGUCGGUGUCGACUCGGAGGAUAAGGACGGGCGGACGCCGCUGUCGUGUGCCGCGGAUAACGGGCACGAGGCCGUCGUUAAGCUGCUGCUCGCCACGGGCAAAGUUGAUGUCGACUCGAAGGAUAACGAAUACGGGAUGACGCCGCUGUCGUGGGCCGCGUAUAACGGGCACGAGGCCGUCGUUGGGCUGCUGCUCGCCACGGGCAAAAUCGACGUCGACUCGAAGCAUAAGGACGGGCAGACGCCGCUGUCGUGUGCCGCGGGGAACGGGCACGAAGCCGUCGUCAAGCUGCUGCUCGCCACGGGCAAAGUUGAUGUCGACUCGAAGGAUAACGAAUACGGGAUGACGCCGCUGUCGUGGGCCGCGUAUAACAGGCACGAGGCCGUCGUCAAGUUGCUGUCGGCACGAGGCCGUCGUUAA